AGCGUGGGAGGGCGCAGACAUGGUGCAAAUUGGUUCGCUAUUGUUGAAGGAGACGGAGUCGGGCCAGGAGAAAGGUGUUGCCCUUCUCAAUAGCUCUUCACCAUGGGCCAGCGAUCUUCAAGAUCUUACGAAGCUAUUUGAUUCCCCCAGCACAUCGGCUGUCACAACCAGAACUGCCGUUGUAUCAAGCGAAGACAUCGAGAGGCUUCGGAGGGAGGCGAAGUCGGCUGCUUUUAAAUCUGUCUAUGAGCAGGACGCAAACGUGCAUUCGCAUGCGUUUGUCCGCGACCAUCUCAAGACACUUGAGGGUGGGAGGUUGACAAUUGCGAGAGGCUCGAUCAACUCGUAUGGUUUCAGCCCUCAUCCGCUCUCUUCGUAUUUGGACUGGCUCUCGCAGCUCUUUUCCUCUUCAGAAAGAAAGCCGGUCAUCAUCAGCAUAACUGGACCGCCGGAGGCUGUGGGAGGUACGAUUGCGUAUCUGCGGGACUGGACCUCUGAAAUUCUUGGAGGAACGGCUGAUGAGGGGUGGUCCAACUUGAUUGGCGUCGAAGUGAACCUCAGUUGCCCGAACGUCAAGGGGACCGACAUGCCCACCGCUUACGACCCCGAGGCGAUAGCGCAAUAUCUGAAAGAGAUCAAGGCAGCCAACGAAGGGUCUAGGGGCCAUCUCCUCUCCGUGGGACUCAAGCUUCCACCAUAUUCCUACCAUGCCCAAUUUGCGGCUUUGGUACAGGAGCUUUCUUCGCUAGGUUCCUUGAAAGAUGCAGGAAGACACCCGAUUGCGUUCCUCACGAGCACGAACACCCUUGGUUGCUCGUUCUGGCUCAACGAGGGUGACUCGCCGGGCAGAUUUACACCCUCCCUACCUCGUGGUCUGCCUGGCGAUGACCAGGGGUUCGAUGGAACAGGAGGGCUGGCAGGCGAAAGCUUGCAUCCCAUCUCGCUUGGCAAUGUGUAUCGGCUACGCCGACUACUCGACGCAUCUGGUGACAAGAGACUCAAGAACAUCGAUAUCAUCGGUGUCGGCGGGGUCAUCAGCGGGCUUGCAGCUCAGCGCAUGCACGCGGCGGGCGCUAAAGCUGUCGCCCUGGCCACUGCCCUUGGCAGAGAAGGUGUUGACUGUUUCGACCGCAUCUCGGACGAGAUUCUGUAACUUAGUCCGACGCUCCGCCAUGAAAUAUUAAGCUCUUUCUGCUUACGUCAGC